AUGUCGGCUGAAGGCAAAGGAAAAGUCCAUAAAAAUCAUGUACAAUUUGGAUCAGAUGUAAAAACGGAGCCGAAAAUACGAGCGAUUUCGCCUGCACCAAAGCCUCAUGAGGUAACUGCUCCACCACCAACGAUGCCCGGUGCAAUAAAAGAUGAAAUUGAACUUCUUCGCGCUGGGACACUGAAUAAGCACGGGGAUCGAGUGAAAUCACAAGCAGCAGCACCAACAGGAGGAGGGACUGUUCAAACUACUCCUUCAUCAUGA